GGAACAAUGCUUCUCUGGAUCGUCGCCACUUUGCUCAUUUUUAGCCUUCCAGUGUCAACGGCUUUAGAUUAUAAUGAUUUCUCCUUGCAACGAAUUGCUCGGGCUCCACAUCCAUCAUCUGCUCUCUUAGUGCCAUACCCAAGAGUCGGAAAACGAAGUAACAUUUUGAAUAACAAUUCCGAAUCACAAAACUCUGUCCAAAAGAGACUCUACAUGGCGCGUGUUGGAAAACGAGCAUUUUUCUACACUCCACGUAUUGGGAAAUAAUGACGAGGAUACUCCAGACGGACCGGCUAUAACUGACACUUUUCAUUUUGAUCAAUCCUUAUUUCCCUCUUUCCCCUUGUUCUUCUGUCACGUUCCUUUCUUUUUUCAUGAAUGUAUGUACACUAUAUUAUCACAACAACACAAAUCGACAAAAUUUUUUUGACCUUUUCUAUUAAAUUUUUUUAAUUUGAAAGUCUUAUUGUGUUUUCUUUUCACUUCCAUUUCCUAAUAUCUUGAACAUUUUUCAAAUGUGGCAGAAUAAAGUGUGCGACGCGUU